UGGACCCAAACAUUUGAUUGUACAUCAGUUAGUUUGGAACAUUCUCAGUGAACAAGUCAACGAAAUUUUUAGAGUAACAAUGAAGGUCAUUAUCUCCGUCAUUGCUCUAGUUCUGGCUAUCAGCGCCGAAGCAUCCCCAGCCCCGUAUGCCCAUGAUGUAGUGGCCUACUCCAACCCAUGGCCUCUGAAGACCAGCACAGUUUGGCCAACCUACGGUGGAUUGUACGGCGGUAAGGUCGCUGUGGUUCCAGAAGUUGCCUACGAAAAGUACGCCUACCCGAACGUGUAUGGAAGCUGGCCUGCCUACGGAAAGAGCUGGGGAUACUCAUCCCCGGUUGUUACCGUUGGAGCCAAGGUGGUUGACAACGGACAGUGGAAUUACGGAGGAUAUGGUUAUGGACAUGGAUACGGUCUGGGAUACAACAAGAACUGGCUAUAAGGUUUAAGUGGAGUCGUUUUGCGGGUUGAACUUCAUCAAAGACACACAUGAAUAAAGAUCACAACACCA